CAUUACACGCCAGUCUUCCAUACGCUUUACGAUUAACUAAAAAGGUAUCUGUUACAACUAUUUUCGGAAAAUAUUGCGACCCGUUUAUUUGAUGUUUCUUUCCAAAAAUCAGUGUUGGAUUUAUCAGUUUUUGUGAUGCUGACUGUAUUGAUUUUAACACCAGGAACAAAUACAGACGGAACCUAAAUAACAAAAGCACAAUGUCGGUUGUCGAGGAUAAAAUGUUACAGUAUUGUAACGACAACGUUUUCCGAGCCACUAUAUCAACUAAAUAUAUACACUGGUUUCUCAUCCCAGCCGUAGGGAUAAUGAUACUACUUUCCUUCCUUGAAAAGCGAAAAACCGUCAAACCGGACUUGUUAGGCGGCCGACCAGCUCUUGUUCGGCCGCUAGGUUUUCUUGACGAACCAAGUAACCGUUGGGGUGUUAUGUUUGUAUUUGGUUCAGUGACCGGAAACAUUAUACAGGUAGCACAAAAAACAUUAUCAGAUGAACUCGAUUGGCCAAUCUGGGCAAAAAUAUUUCUGGUAUAUAUUUUAUGUCUGGAGACAAGUGUUAUUUGCUACCCAUUAUUCGCCUGUAUGACAAGCCGACAUAAAUUAGUUGGUGCCACCACAGGACUUCUUUAUUCCAUAGGAUGGUUUAUUUUUGAGCUCUUCCAAAGCAUUCAGAUUGGAAGAUGUUUCGUGAAGUACCCGGAUAGGAAUGUGAAUUACGCAGCCCACAUUCUAAUACAAGAAAUGCCGGUAACUACCUGUGAUUUCUUGGUAGUGUUAAAGUUCUGCUGGAAGCUCUACAAGUGUUUCAAGAAAGGAGUCUACAAAAUCAGCCAUGAGGAUCAAGUAAAACUGUGUAAGAAUUUUCAUUUAACAUAUGUGAAACAUCUUGUCAACAGGCAUUGCAAGAAUGUAACUAAAGACAGAACCUGGAAGCAAAAGAUACAGUCUAAGAUAAUGCGACCAGUACCAGGCUUCCGAUUUCCUAUUGCUGUCAUGGUUACAACUUUCAUGUCCUGUGUUAUGUUGUACAUGGUUGGUCUAUACUGUGCAGAGUUUAUGGAGAUUCGUGCUAAAUAUUACUUCCCAGACUUUGUGGAUCUUUUACAGGCUGCGAAUGUUGUUGCCACAAUAAUAACAAUGAUGUGUGGAAUCAGGAACAUCUAUCUCUUCCUCAUGAACUACAGGCGAGAUAUGUUACUCAUGUAUAAAGGUGACAGAAGUUUCGUUCCAAAUACUGUACAGACGCCAUCACCAAAUGUUUACAUGGCUCAGGGGAUGAGAUUUAUCGGUACGUCGAUUACUGGAAUGCUUUGGGGUACAGUGUUUUGCUUCCUACUGGUAUAUGUACCAUUAGCGUUAAUGAUGAUGAUUAUCAAACUCCUUGGUCAGAGAGAGAAACUUGACGACAUGUGGAAACAGUUCCAGUGGCUCAUUUAUCCCGCUUGUAUGAUCUUCAUUUUCAAACUGCAAGUUUUCUUAAUUGGUCGAUUUUUCAUUCAACCGAAACUUGAUGUUGAAGACAAGUACAGGCCUUUGGCUGUUGAUAAUAGGAAUGCUUACGACGUCUUUAGUUUCUUCAUGAUUUUUCUCAAUGCCAGUAUUGGGUUGUUUGCUUUCCUUAAACGAAUUUUGGUCGGUGCCUUUCUUGGUGUGUUUUUGAUUCCACGGAUGGACAGAAGUUUGCUAAUGCGAGGUUAUGAAGCAAUGGAUAAAUGUUAUGUUAAUUACGUCGGCAUGAUAAUGGUAGACGUAUCUCACAAUCACCCCAUCAUGCGCGUCUUCUGUUUUCUGGUGAAAUCUGAUGUGGAAGACAGACGGGACAGAAAACCGUUACGGUCCGCAGUAGAAAAUGCUGAAUAUGGAAAUUUGAGCUUUUCUGCACAUAUUCCUAUAGAAACGGGAAACAGCAGAGCAAGGAGGAGAUGGUGGCUUGCAUAUACUUUGAUUCGAAACCCGUCACUAAUGGCAACGCGAAUUCAUGAAUCUAAGAAUGAAUCUCCGCGUGGAGCUACUCUAGAGCUUACAGACAUCACCUAUUCUCCUAAAACAGCUACUGUAGAUCAAGACCUAUCAGCGGAUACCUGGGGAUUUUCUAUAAAGUGUUGUAAAAGAUACAAAUUUAAGAUCCCGCCAAAUAUUGUGAUCAAUUUCAUGGCUCUGAUUGUACUUUUGUCAGUGCUUGUCAUUUACACCGGUCUGCCUUUGUUGAUUAAUGAUAUGGUUGAAGAGGUAGCAAGAGAAUUGUAAAAUGUUGUAGAAUUUAUGUAGCUGUCAAGAUAAUAAGUAUUUGAGUUUUUGCAUUCACGUCUUGCCUUAAGGUAGUUCUGCACUUUUGGAUCGAAAUUUUAGAAAAAUCAGCAAAAAAAAAAUGAUAGAGUCGUGUGCUUGAUUUUUUGCUAGACUGAAUUGAAAAAUUUGAACCUCACGCAAUAUUUCAUAAUGGGAAUCUAUGGGAAAAUCAUAACUUUCAUAACAUUUUCGCAAAUAAAUUUUUUUCUACAAUGUAGAUUUUAAUGAAACUUCUCACAAUGAUAAAUAAACACAUGACCUAUAAAUUGGUGAAAUAAAUAUAUAGGUCCGUGUGCUUAUUUUUGAGAUAUUUGACCAUGAUUAAAGUGGACCGGAUAUUUCACGCUAAUUUCAAGACAUUAUUUUGAAUUGUUUGACGUGUCAUAUGUUUUAAUAUCAUAUUUUGACUUAAGAAAUAUAGGAACAGUGCCAUUGUAAUAAAUUUACUCACAAGUUUCGAUUAAUUCAUAAAAUGAUUUUAAUUUCCGUACGCUGAACCCAGACUUUAUUCUACGUUUUCCGGAUAAAUGACGUUACGCCAUCACUUCCGGGUUAUCAAACGUGUAAAACUACCUUAAGACUAAUGUAGUUUAAAUCAAUGUACACGAAAACAUAUAAAAAAAAAGUUUCAGCAUUCUGAGAAGUCAAAUUGUUGUUGUUUUAUCACAGAAAUUAGAAAAUAAAUUCUGUUAUCACAGUGAUUAUAAACAGAGAUACAUUGGAAUUAGGGACACCAUACAUAAAUACAUUAUUAUAUUUCUGUUUUCAGAAUUGCAGCCUUUUCAGACACACUUUGUUCACAUUGAAUGAGAUAAACAAAAUGAUUGAUUUAAAUACAAACUUGGACUUUAAUUAAUAUUUGUAUGCUUCGCUCAAUUGCACAGGUAUGAAAUAGUAGAUGCUGCACUUAUGUUAAAUAAUAUUCAGCUGCCAGAUAUUAGAAAGUAUGUUACUGUGUAUAAAUAUAUACUACUGUUUGCAGAUCAAAUUGCCCCUUCAACAUUUUUCAGAUCGAUAGAGUUGUACAUUUACGUCACAAAAACUGUGAAGCUGAAGCUAUUUUUGGAGUAAUCCUGACAGGUUAACCCCGCCUCAUCCGCAAGAAAUUAUUCAUUCACCUUGUCGUAAAACUUUUUUUUCUUUAUCUUUACGUCACACAAAGCGCGCGCGCUGACUCUAUACUUGCAUACAUUGUAAAGUGCAAUAAGGUGAUAAAUAGAUAUGUUUUAAAAGUAGAAUGUUGAAUAUUUCAACUACGUUCAAAUGAAAACAGCGUUUUUUGUUUGUUAUGACAAUUAUUAUCGACGAAAUUUCCAUCCACGCAAGGUAUAGGCCUAUAAGGUUUUAUAGAAAAAUAUCAUUGAACCUUCCAGUUACGCAACACUUGUAGAUCUAAUUGUCAUAUCCAUAAAACUGAUUUAUUUGAUAUUCAAACUUCUGCAGAGUCUUCCGUAGCUUAACUAUCGCAAAUCCAGCUCCAUGAUUAUAGAUUUACUUUUUUAUUUUAUUUUUUGGUGGGGUUUAGCUUCUACUUGUAUGAAUUUAUCUACUAGGCCUAUUUAUUUGAAGUCGUUUAAAUACUAUUUCAGUUAUUUACAUACAGGCAGUUGAUAAGCCUUGUCUUCGUUCAUGGAAAGAACCAGUUAUAGACACACGUAAGUCAAAAUAUUCGACGUUUAGUUUGUUGUAUACAUGUAUUUGUGACGGUCACUCUAAAAGGACCAAAAUAAUUGAGGAUGAAUAACAGUACACCGUCAUGUAAAGUUAUUGGUUUUAUCGCUUGCACAUUAUAUGUAACGUUAAUCGUGUUAAGGGGAAUUAUGUUAACUUUUACAUAAAUUAAUGAGGAAUUGAAUCCCACUUUUGAUUAGUCUAAAUAAUGAGACCUCGAGUAGACCGAUUUUACAUUUUGAUAUAUUACGUUGUCUACCUAAAGGGGAUAUCAACCAGUCAAAAAAUAUAACGAUAUUCAAUACAAUCUGAAACUCAACUCUUGAGUAAAAUUAUUUGGACUACCUUUUGAUUAAUGUAAGUUUUAUUUGAAUUUAUCUUAUAUUCGCAACAAUAUCAGCAUUUAAACCCAAAUCUGGCGACGACAAUUUCUUUCGAGUGGAGAAAACUACUCGUAACUGUUUCCUAGGAUCGCGUCAAAUUAGUUAGACUAAGACUCACAUAUUCCGUAAGAAAUUGCCGACUUUUUUUCAAUUAAGGAAGCAUGGUCGGUUCCGGGAAUCGAAUUUAUGCCCUUCAAUCAACGAUGAGCGAAUCCAACAACUCGAGUCAGUCACGUUUUAUAAUUAUUGUUAAAAAACUAAACACGAGGUACAUUAUUUAAAAGUAUGCAGCAAAAGGUACUAAAAUUUAGGCAGAAAAAGGCCUGUAAUGUACAAGAGGGUGUCUUUUUUUCUUAUCCACGCUACCUAAAUGUAGUUUGCAUUGUGGCAAGAUUCAUUUAAAUUUUAAAUGAAGAUUAGUUCUAGUACAUCUGUUACAAUCCAGUUAAACACCUUCUCGGUCAGGCAGCCUAUGUAAACAAGUUCAUUCAGUAAUUUUUACUCGUAUCGGAAAGGCGGAGUUACCUGUAUAGACGAGAUCCAAAAAUAGCUCCAGCAUCGCUGUAAAGGUACAAGUUUAUCGAUUUAAGAAAAGACGAAAGGGCAAUUUGAUCUGCAAACAGUAGUACUAUAUUCUAAAUUAUAUUCUUCAACAAUAACUAUUUUUUAUAUAUACUCAAACGCAAAAGAAAGUGUGCACUUUUUAAAUUUGAAUAUUCUCAGUUCUAAAAUAAGUAUCCGUCUACAAUUUGCAACAUACUUUGCUCGAAGCAUGUACUAUUGACCUUCCUUCAAUUUUACGAUAAAAACUGGGUGGAGUCAAGAUAACUAGCGAUAGUGGAAUUUUGUACGAUUUGCACGUGCUGCCCAUAGGAAAUGUACAUGUCUACAAAAACGUGUUUGUCAGUUUUCUUAUACAUUUUGUGAAAGGAAAAGCACAUUAGAUUUCAAAUCUGUGCUGUAAUAAAAUGCCAUGACUUAGUGAAACUCAGCGAAUUGAAGCAUUAACAAUGCUUCAACGGGGUGACAACGUUAUUUACGUCAGCAGAACGUUUGGGUGCCAAAGUAAUGUCAUAAUUCUUUGCACCAGCAUUUUCAGCAAACUGGCCGAGUUGCUGUACGCCAUAGACCCAGCAGACCUCGGAUGAUAACCGCUACUCAUGAAUGGAAUAAAAUUCCUCGCGACGUCAUUCUACUGUUAUGUUAGGCCUAAGCGUCUCCAUACCCCCAUAAAUGUCAAAAUUUUGAAAAUAAUCGAAACACAUCAAAUUGGCCAUAACCUGCACUAAAUUUUGGCACCAAACAUGACAUACUUUUAGACAAAAUAAUCUACUUCAAACAACAUAAUCUACUUCAGUUGAAGAAAACCUGAGUGCACACUUUCUUUUGCGUUUGAGUAUAUAUUUUAUUAGGUAACAUAUUUAUCAAACAGUCCUUUCUUGCACUUGAUUUAAAAUCAAUUACUACAAACACAGUUUUACUUAAAGAGGAAUUAUGCGCAUUUUAAAGUACAAAUCCAGCUGAAAUAGAUGUAUGUGUAAAAAAGGUGGAGGAAAUUACAGCUUUUAAUCCAAUGUACAAAAUACUUCCUGUUACUUGUACGAAAACAAAUCCAAAUACGACUUUUCUUAUUUUGACUGGGGCAGUCUCUUUUAAUAAAAGUUAAACUGUACAUAGGAUUUGCCUCCCUUCAACUUCAGAAACAUCAACCUAUAGGUAAGGAGAAACACUUCUUAGAAGAUUGAAGAAAAGAACUAUUAUUUUAUUAGUCCGAUUUCUUUAAAUCUAAAGCACCAACUUCAAAUAAUUAUGCGACAUUAUCGUUAAUUUAACAAAUUUAAAUGCACACCAACCAAAAAUAUUUUUUAUAAAACAUUUACCAAAACACACUAUAUGCGGUAAGAUGCACAUAAUGCCAUUUUAAUUACUAAUUACGUUUUCUCUAAGUAUGACUGUGUAUUGUGUGAAUGGGAUAUGCAUUCUGAUUACGACAAUUGCAUCAUGGCUUAUCAAAUUUAUAAUCAAGUAAAUUUUCAUAUGUU